CGACGCCUACCCCGGAAAACGCGCAGAUGCUUCUUCCUGCAGAACUGUCCGUGUUACUAUAAAUCACAAUGGAAGAUAUCAAGAGAGACCUCGUUCACGCCGAAACUUCGGGUGCUGCUGGCAGCUACUACCAACCCGAACCAUCAUGGGCAAAGCACGUUCCCGGAGGAUACUCUCCAUCGCGAUGCAUGAAGCUUCGUGGAAGACCGAUGAUAUGGGCCAUCUUCGCCAUAUCUGGUUGUGCGAUCAUGUUUUUUGGAUACGAUACCGCCGUCAUGAGUCAGGUCAAUACCAACAACAACUACUUGAGAACUAUAGGUCUUGCUGGAGGCUCCGACCGUGAUGCGGCAGGCAUCGGUGGUAUGGUUAGCUUAUGGUUUGGUGGUUUCGCAAUAGGUUCGAUGAUGGUAGGGUACCUCGCCGAUAACCUUGGACGUCUUCGAACUAUUCAACUUGGCUGCAUCUGGGGUGCCCUUGGGGCUGCCCUAUUGGCGAGUGCCCAGAACAUCACUUGGCUUGCCUUUGGCAGGGUAAUCAGUGGGAUCGGAUGCGGCCACUUGAACACUGUCGUCCCGAUUUGGACCUCAGAACUUGCUGAUGCUCAUUCGCGUGGCGCCUUUGUUGCGGUUGAGUUCACACUCGCCAUGUCUGGAUCUGCCAUUGUAUACUGGAUGGAGUACGCCUGUGUCAAGACACAGAGUGAAUCCUUUGCAUGGCGAUUUCCGCUCGGCUUCCAGGUGGUCUUCCUCAUCAUCAUCUUCGUGCUGUUACCCUUCUAUCCAGAAUCACCGCGUCAUCUUGCAAAAAUCGGCCAGGUCGACUCCGCUCGAGAGAUUCUCGGACAAUGUCGUUCCAACAGCGAUCCUGUCCAGAUCGAGCAGGAAAUGCAGGAGAUUGAGGAUGCCCUACGUAUCGAGGCGACAGCAUCGGCACACUCGUACUGGAGCAUGCUGUUCACAAAGGACAAAUUACACACGCGACGCCGUGUCAUGCUGGGCGCAGGUGUCCAGAUCAUGCAGAAAUUUACGGGAAUCGACUUCAUCUCGGUCUAUGCACCAACCAUGUUUUCGCUAUCCGGUUUCACCGGUGACUUGCCAGCUCUGCUUGCGGGCUUCAACUGGUUUGGCUAUAUCCUUGCGUUGGCAUCCUCCAUCGUCCUUGCCGAUCGUGUCGGACGCCGGAAGAUGAUGCUCAUUGGGUGUAGCGUUAUGGGUAUCGUGCUGAUCAUUGGCGGUAUCUUGUCGCAUGAGACAGUGGUUGCCUCGGCAGACAAGAAGCAUGCGUAUGGUGCCGGAGUUGCGGCAAUCCUUUACAUAUACACCUUCACCUAUGGCGCUACCUGGUUGACAACAUGUUGGGUUUAUCCAACAGAGGUUUUCCCCCUCGCUACUCGCUCCAAAGGUGCAGCACUUUCUACCCUUGCGUUCUCGCUGGCUGGAGGUUCGAUCAACGAGAUCAUCCCUUACCUGAUAGAUGCGAUUGGAUUUUGGGUCUUCAUUAUGUUCGCCCUGAUCAACCUGGCCAUGCUGGUGCCGAUAUACCUCUUUUAUGUUGAAACUGCAAAUCGCCAUCUCGAGGACCUGGACAUCUUGCUUUCUGGGGACAGCCCGUUUGCAUGGCGAGCAGAAAGACAGUUUCAAGAGAUCAUGAUGGCACGACGUGCAGACGUCGUUGUUGAGGAUGGCGAGGCCUUAGAGAAAUGAUCGACUCCUCGCGGAAUACCACACGACCUGACUCCAGAUAGAGCAACAUGGCUAGGUAUUCAGCGUGCGGUCCAUACCUAGGUAGGUACUGAAGUGGAGC